AUGGUCGCCCGUCUAACAGGCAACAGACGCAUGGAAAUGGCCGCCGACAGGCUCUACAAGGAGAAGAAGAUUCGGGGUUUCUGCCAUCUGUCCACCGGCCAAGAAGCCGUCGCCGUCGGUAUCGAACACGCCAUCGAGCGCGCCGACCAUCUCAUCACCGCCUACCGCUGCCACGGCUUCGCUCUGAUGCGCGGCGCAUCUGUCAAGUCCAUUAUCGGUGAACUCCUCGGCAGGAGGGAGGGCAUCGCGUACGGAAAGGGUGGCUCUAUGCACAUGUUUGCCCCCGGCUUCUACGGUGGUAACGGUAUCGUCGGAGCCCAGGUCCCCGUCGGCGCUGGUAUUGCCUUUGCCUGCCAGUACGAGAACAAGAAGAACGUCACCCUGGCUCUGUACGGAGACGGUGCUUCCAACCAGGGCCAGGUCUUUGAGGCAUUCAACAUGGCCAAGCUCUGGAACUUGCCCGUCAUCUUUGGCUGCGAGAGUGCGUACAAACACCACGUGGACAUGCGCCGGAUUUACUAA